UGUAACCAGCGCGGGUCUCCUGAAGGACUAUGCAGGUCUUAGGGACUGUUUGUCGGCGCUUCUUUCCCCUGAGGACGUGGGUCCUUUCUUUGGGGGCCCGGAACGAUGCCCGAGGCUGUGCUCUCCACACAAGUUCACAAAGGUCUCUGGAAGUGGUGGAGAAAACAGAAGCAGAAACUGAAGUAGAAUUGGAGGAUGCCCAGAAACGCAGCAAGUUCAGCAUUUUUCCUCCAGUUCCAGGCCAAGAGAGCUCCUUGACAUGGGGAGGCAAGAAAUAUGAAGAAAUCCCAGUAGCUCACAUUAAAGCAACAUAUAACAACACACACAUCCAGGUGGUCUCUUCCAAGAAUGAGCCACUUGCCCGAACUUCUUGUGGCACCGAAGGAUUCAAAAAUGCAAAAAAGGCCACAGGGAUUGCAGCACAAACUGCGGGCAUUGCUGCAGCAGUGAAAGCCACAGCAAAGGGAGUGAUCCAUGUCAGAGUGAUGGUGAAAGGCCUGGGACCGGGGCGCUUAUCUGCCAUCAAGGGAUUGACCAUGGGGGGCCUGGAGGUGAUCUCAAUCACAGAUAAUACCCCCAUCCCACACAAUGGUUGCCGCCCAAAAAAAGCCCGGAGGCUAUGAAGAAAUUAAUUGACUGCCUUGAGACCUGGUUCCAGUUUUCACCUUUAGAUUGACUUCAGAUCAAUGCAGAGCUGUUCCCCACUGGACAGAACUCAGGAAACAUAAGGACUCAAUGAAGGCAAAAACAAGGUGAUUUUCUCCUAAGUGCAUAUUUUGAAUGUAUGCAAAAUUAAGCAGUGCUUUUUACUGUGAAACAGUGCCUCUUUGGACAGGAGGGGGUGCUACAAGUACACUUCUGGCAAGUGUGAUCAGUUCUUUCCACAGCACUGACAAAAUAAAAUCAAUCUCACCACA